CGUCUGGAUUCCACCCCCGCGGCCCAGACCCAGUUGCUCUACCCGUCGCCCUGUCGUUUCCCCAACUCCCACUGCGCCCUGUACUCUCCUGUCCCACAUCCUCCUUUUCACCUUUUCCUUCUGCCUGUUAAACUCCUUCAGGCUCCAGCCUCUUCUUUCCCUCUUGUCUAAACGUUUUCUUGCUUAACUCUAUUCUCGCACUUUUUUUUUUUUUUUCCUCCUGCCCCAUCUUCCGCAUCUACUUGUAGCCCCCCCCUUGAUUACUAACAACCCUCCAUCAUAAACUUUGGGUCUUAUGCCUGUCCUCGAAGCUGUGUGUUUUGCCCUUCAUUCCUUGCCCUGAUCUGACUCCUGUCUUUGCUCCCUUAUCCCUCUAGGCCUAUCUGCUUUCAGUGCCCUCUCUGAGCAUUGAGUGGGUGGGGCCUGGAGUUUCUUCUUUGCAUAAAUUGUAGUACUGGGGAAGUAGGAGAGGUGGAGAAGCUUGUGAAGAGAUUGAUGCAAAGCUGAGUAAGGAUGAAUGGCUCCGCCGACACUUACCGUCGCCUCCUGGCACAAGGUGCCUUGUCCUCAGGGGCCUAGCAUGUUGUCCGGCGUUGGAAGAAGGAAUGGAAUUGGAAGAAAGAAGAUUCAUUCCAGAGACAAAAUAGCUUCUCUUUCCUAUUGUAGCUGUUUCCUCUGGGACUAUAAACUUUCUGCUUUCAGGUUCUGCAGCAUUCCAGAUCACGAACACCAAAUCAGGAUGGGAAAAAGACGUUGUGUUCCUCCCCUUGAGCCCAAGUUGGCAGCAGGCUGUUGUGGGGUCAAGAAGCCCAAACUAUCUGGAAGUGGAACACACAGUCACGGGAACCAGUCUACAACUGUUCCUGGCUCAAGUUCAGGACCUCUUCAAAACCACCAGCAUGUGGACAGCAGCAGUGGUCGGGAAAAUGUAUCGGACUUAACUCUGGGACCUGGAAACUCUCCUAUUACACGAAUGAAUCCUGCAUCUGGAGCCCUGAGCCCUCUCCCCCGGCCCAAUGGAACUGCCAACACCACCAAGAACCUGGUGGUGACUGCAGAAAUGUGCUGCUACUGCUUUGAUGUACUCUACUGUCACCUCUAUGGCUUUCCACAGCCACGACUUCCUAGAUUCACCAAUGACCCCUAUCCUCUCUUUGUGACCUGGAAGACAGGGCGAGACAAGCGGCUUCGUGGCUGCAUUGGGACCUUCUCAGCCAUGAAUCUUCAUUCAGGACUCAGGGAAUACACAUUAACCAGUGCACUUAAGGACAGCCGAUUCCCCCCCCUGACCCGAGAGGAGCUGCCCAAACUUUUCUGUUCUGUCUCCCUCCUCACUAACUUUGAAGAUGCCAGUGACUACCUGGACUGGGAGGUAGGGGUCCAUGGGAUUCGGAUUGAAUUCAUCAAUGAAAAAGGCAUCAAACGCACAGCCACAUAUUUACCUGAGGUUGCUAAGGAACAAGACUGGGAUCAGAUCCAGACAAUAGACUCCUUACUCAGGAAAGGUGGUUUCAAGGCUCCAAUUACCAGUGAAUUCAGAAAAUCAAUCAAACUCACAAGGUAUCGAAGUGAGAAGGUGACAAUCAGUUAUGCAGAGUAUAUUGCUUCUCGACAGCACUGUUUCCAGAAUGGCACUCUUCAUGCCCCGCCCCUCUACAAUCAUUACUCCUGACACACGGCUACAUGACCAGUCCCACCCCCCUGUGGCCACCAAUGGCUAUGACAUCAUUGGAGCAGAUGCCUCCUCUUCCUGGUCCAGUUACUUCUAUUACUGCACCAUUUUAUGAUGCUAGCUUCCGUUGCCAAGUCUGCCUCCUGCUGGCUGGAGGGUGUGGGGAUACACUGAAUGCAACAGAACAUGAGGGGCCCAAGCCUUAUAUCAGCCUUUCCUCAAUCUGGGGUUCUGUUGGAUCAGGGCUCCCCAAUAACCAGUGAGAAUGGCUGUGUGGGUUCAGAAGACUUUUGUCUGGUGAUUUCCCACAAGUGUUGGCCACACACUGAAAACUGGAAUUGACUGUGAUCCAUGGAGGCUUCUUCCCCAACCCCCACAGCCCACCACAUCAGUUAGGUGUACUCCCUGGCAUUCUGGGCAACGGAGACCAACAUGAACCACUUUUAGGUUGUUUUAAAUUCCUUUUUUUAAACUUCCAGUUUAUUGUGUACCAAGAGUUGAUCCACAACCUCCAUGCUUCAGAAGUGAACACCAUGUUAGGGUUGAACGUGGGCACCAUGAGCCCCUGUGAGUCCUGGACAAGAUUCUCGUACCAAGAUCAGAAGUCCUGUGAUGGCAUUUCAUCCUACAGUGAGCUGUGAAGGUUUUCCUGCUUAUCUGACUCUCAGUGGACAUUCUGGGACUCUUCCUACAUCGAGUCUCCUGGUGUUGAACAGAGAGCUCUGUGGCAUAGCCUGCUGAGGAAUGGAAUGGAGAUGCCUAUAGAGGUCCAGUGUCAUCGUCGUAAGCAGGUGUGAAAGGAGAGAUCUCUUCCUCACCACCCGGCUACCUCAACUCUUUUCUGGUAGCAGUGCCUAUGUAGCUGCAUCUAGGUUUUCAGAAGCACAGACAUGUAAACAGGUGGUUGGGUUGGGCUUUAGGACAUACUGUCACAGGAGAGCUUCCAGGGUCUCUGAGCUGGUUUUCUUCACAGGCAAACAUCCUUUUAAGUAGGGGAGUUCUUUAUUCUGAUUUGCCUGCAGAAGUAGGAAGACUUGCUCUAUCAGCCCUCAGUAGGACUCUAGAACAAUGCUGUGUAAUAAAACAAGGUGAACCUUUAACUUGCCUACCAUUCUGGGACUCCUCACCUCACCAGUGCAGUUGUCCAAACUGUUCGUGUUGCUCAUGUAAACUCUUGACAUUCCCGCUCCCAUCUUUACUCAUUCCAAAAUAGCUGAUAGCAAAUUCUUUUCACUUGGUGGCACAAUGCAUAGUACUAGGAAACUAGGGAGGUGCUUUGACAGCUCUGUCUCAAAGGCACUGCUCAGGCAACUCAGAGGAAACGGCCAGCUGGAAGAAAGGCUCCUGAGGAUGGCGCACUGGUUUUCAGCAACAUUCAUAGAGAACUCAGGAGGCAGUUGUGGCCUCAACUUGGUGAACAUAUGUUUUGAUUUCCUUUUUAAGAUUGAUGUGAUGGUGUGGCUUUCCAAAAUGGGCAAAUAUUCAAGUCAUAGAUCAUCAGUUUCUUGUGCCUGGAAUGGAGGAAAGGAAGUAGGUCUACUUCCGUCUGUGCUAUUCUAGGCAUCACUUCAAAGUUCCUGCGGUUUUUGUUUGUUUUGUUUUAAAAGUGGGCAGAGAGGUUGUACCAGGAAUGAUCACGGACCUGGAAUGGAUGAGGGAAGUGUUGAUGGCAUGGAAUGCCCAGGGUGUGUGGCCCUUACUGCCAGGUUGGGUUCCCUCGCAUACCUGGGAUGCUGCCGAGGGGAAUGAAGGCUCUGUUACUGACAUGUGACAGCAGGUGCUCUCAGGUGCCAUGGAUUGAUUGAUGCAGGGUGCUCAGCUCUGGACUGAGGCACCCACUUCCAAUUUGUAAAACAGUAUUGAUACAUAGGGCUACACUCAUUACUGUUCAAGCGUUCUAUGUUAAGAGUUGUUUAAUUUCUAAAGAUUUAAAGCAAAAUGCAAAAAAAAAAAAAAAAAAAAAAA